AUGGACAACAUCUCCCAGGUCAUCCACAACUGUGAGACCUGCACUGCAAUCAAGCAGGCCAAGCGGGUGAAGCCCCUGUGGUACGGUGGACCAUGGCUGAAGUACAGAAAGCCCGCGCUGGUAUCGCCUGCCAAUCACAGCGUGCGAUCGCUCCUAGAUUUGCAUAACCACGCCCUACGCAUUCGCCCGCCCUGCGCCGGCUGCAGCCGCUGCCGGGCGCUGUUCGCUCUCAGUUCCCUCCCAGUGCUCGCAGAUUUCCCGUUCCCAAACCUCGGCCCGCUGGAGCAGGAGGGGGCCGCGAUGAAAAGGAAGAUGUCCCGGGAGCCAGAGCCAGGAAAGGACGAAAGGAAGAGAUCCUCCCUGAUAUGCCACUGGACAAUCCACACGGCGGAAGGGCCCUAUGAGUGUGGGGAGUGUGAGAAGAGCUUCAGGAACAGCUCCCACCUGACUGUCCACCAGAGGAGCCACACAGGAGAUCCCUACAAGUGUGACCAGUGCAGGAAGAGGUUUCUCACCAGCUCCCAUCUCCUCAAGCAUCAGCGGAUUCACACAGAUGAGAGGCCCUUCCGCUGCCCCGACUGCAAGAUAGGGUUCAAGGAGAAAUCCACCCUCAUCACCCACCAGCGCAUCCACACCAGGGAGAGACCCUAUGAGUGUUCUGAAUGUGGGAAGAGCUUCAGCCACAGCUCCACCCUGAUUGUCCACCAGAGGAGCCACACGGGGGAACGGCCCUACGAGUGUGGGGAGUGUGGGAAGAGGUUUAGCUCAAGCUCUGAGCUGAUCAAACACCAGAGAAGCCACACAGGGGAGAGGCCCUAUGAGUGUGACCAAUGCAGGAAGAGGUUUCGGACGAGCUCCCUUCUCCUCGUGCACCAGCGGACUCACACGGAUGAGAGGCCCUUCCGCUGCUGUAACUGCGGGAUGGGCUUCAAGCACAACUCCCACCUCGUCAGGCACCAGCGCAUCCACACUGGGGAGAGGCCCUAUGAGUGUCUCCAGUGUGGCAAGAGCUUCAGUACGAGCUUCAGUCUGAUUGUUCACAAGCGCAUCCACAAUGGGGAGAGGCCCUACAAGUGUCCCCAAUGUGGGAGGAGCUUCUCUCAGAGCUCUCACUUGAUCAAGCACAGACUGAUCCAUACAGGGGAGAGACCUUACAAGUGUGACCAAUGCAGGAAGAGGUUUCCCACCAAGUGUAGUCUCCUCAAGAAUCAGCGGAUUCACACGGAUGAGAAGCCUUUCUGCUACCCUGACUGCAGGAUGGGCUUCAAACGCAACUCCACCCUCGUAAACCACCGAUGCAUCCACACUGGGGAGAGGCCCUAUGAGUGUCCUGAGUGUGGGAAGACAUUCAGAGAUAGCUCUUCCAUGAUCAUCCUCUGGAGGAGCCACACAGGGGAGAGACCCUACGAGUGUGACCAAUGCAAGAAGAGGUUUCCCACCAGCUCCCACCUCCUUGUGCACCAGAGGAUUCACACGGAUGAGAGGCCCUUCCACUGCCCUGACUGCGGGAAGGGCUUCCGGUACAACUCCAUCCUUGUCAGCCACGUCUGCAUCCACACAGGGGAGAGGCCCUACGAAUGUCCCCAGUGUGGGAAGAGCUUUUCCAGGAGCUCAGCCCUGACCCAACACCAAUGGAGUCAGCACUGAGGGAACCCAUGUGAGUGCCCCGGCUGUGGGAAGAGCUUAGUGGACUGCUCCAGCUCCAUCCCCCAUGGGAGGAUCCACAGUGGAUGAUUCCCAGUGACCCCUGAUGUGCAGAGCCCCUGUGAUCCAUGGUGCCAAAGAUCUGUGUUGGGCAGACACCUGCCUGGGGGCUCCAUAUCUCCUGGGUCCUUGUUGCCUGGAUUUUCUUUUCAUUUCUCUUUAUGUUUUUAAAUCACCAAAAACAGAGGGAUAAAAAAAGACAUUGAAAUGAAACUUUUAUGAGGGGAUCUUCCAGGGGAUAUGGGGUAUGAUGGGUUCCAGGGAGCUGAGGGUUGCUCAGGGCUUUGGGCUCCCAAGGCUGAGCAGCUCCGGCUGCACUGGGAUACCCUGGUCAAAGUUUGGGGACUGCUGAUCAAGGAUAACCUGUCCUGGAACUGUCCCCUGUCCAGGAGCCCCCUCUCCCUGCUGUCACUGCCCUUGCCCUCUGCCCGUUCCUUUAUCACCCCCGUCCUGGUCCUGUCCUGCUCCCAUCCCAGUCUGGCUCCCAUUCCCCCUCUCAUUCCCUGUCCUGUAGACUCUGGAUGCCAUUCCCAUAUUCCCAAGCCCAUAUUCCCUGUCCUGUUCCCGUUCUCAUAUUCUUGGUUCCUUUGCUUGACCGGCAUUUUAAUUUCUAUAUUCCCUGUCCUGUUCCCAUAUUCCCAGUCCCAUUCCCGUAUUCCCCUUUCCAGUCCCGGACCCACCUUCCGAAUCCCCAUCGCAUAUUCUCUCUCCACUUAUUGUUUCCAUGUUCUCUGUCCUGUUUCCAUGUUCCCAUUGCCCAUCCCAUUCCACAUCCCCUAUUCCUGUAUUACCUUAUUCCUGGGAAUAUUCCCAUAUUCCUGGUCCCAUUCCUGCUCCCUGUCCCCAUUCCUGGUCCCUCUGCUGGUCCCAGUCCUGUAUUACCUGUCCCUGUCCCAGUCCAGUACUCCUAGGCCAAAUCUUGGUCCCUGUCCCCAUUCUGUGUAUCAUUCCAAGUUCCUGUCUCGUAUUUCCACUUCUGUAUUCCCGGUCCCUGUCCCCAUUCCCAGGCCAUGGCCCCAAUCCCACACCUCUCCCUUAAUCCCUGUCCCAAUUCCCAAGAUCAUCCCUAGUCCCUGACUCCUAUUUCCAGUCCCAUUCCUGGUCGUCCACCAUAUUCCCCAUUCCCGUCCCCAUUACGGAUCCCUGUCCCCAUUCCCGCUCCCUGUCCGCUCUCACCGGACACCGCCGCCCUCCCUCCGGCGCCCCCCCGCCCCUCACCUCACCGGCGAAACGCCCUCUGCUCCCGCCCACCAAUCACAGCGCGCGAUCGCUCUUCGAUUUGCAUAACCACGCCUAUUGUCUAGGCCCCGCCCCUCACCGGCUGUAGCCGCGUCCAGGCUGUUUGUUCCCAGUUCCCUGCCAGUGCUAUCAGAAGGAGCCAUACUUGGAAGGAAAGCGCUCCCAAUUCCUUCUCACUGUUCCCAGGAUCGCUCCCGGUGCUCCCAGGAAAGCUCCCGGUACCGCAUGGGGCGGGGCCGCUUUGGAACCCCUCCCAGGGCAGAACUCACCCUUGACCUGACACCAAGGGAGCCAACACUGAGGGAAGCCCUGCGAGUGCCCCGAGUGCAGGAAGAGCUUCAUGAACAGCUCCAGCUCCAUCCGCCAUGGAAGGAUCCGUGCUGGAUGAUCCCCAGUGACCCCCGGUGGGCAGAGCCACGGUGAUCCAUGGUGCCUGUGAUGUGUGUUGGGAACACACCUGGCUGGGGACUGCACAUCUUCCUUGUUCCCUGUGGACGCCUGGACACAUUAACAGACCAACAUUAGAAAUCCAUUGUGGAGAGCGCAUUUGUCGACUUCUGACCCCAGAAAAAUCUCACUUUUUGUGUCUUCUGGUGGCAUCAAGCAGCACUGCAUGGCCUUGGAAGUCUUCUCCAACAUUAUUGCAUUGUUUCAAUUCUCUCUGGCUCAUGGGCAUCUUCCACAGCAAAUGGGGACAGACUGGGUCCAAACCCACAAUUUUGGAUACCCUCCAAAUCAGUGUGGAAACGCUGUAAAAAAGGUUCUUCCCACCCACCCAAGCAUGUGGAUGCUCUGCCAGCGGGGAUAUAUAAAUCCUUUUGUUUUGGCCUUGAAACGAACAAGUUUGUGUUCAUCUUUUUGAAAGCCUUUAAACUCAUGUAAAAAUAAAGCUAUUGAACUAAGGCAUGGAUGGGGACAUGGGGGACAAUGACAUGGGUGAGGCCAUGAGAGGACAUGGGGGACAUGGAUGGGGACGCAGACAUGGAUAGCCCAUGGGUGGACAUGGACAUUGUUGGGGACAUGCAUGGGGACAUGAACUGGGACAGCAUCAAUGCCAGCACAGUGUGCCAGAACAGUGCCACCAGCACCUUGAUCUUGGCCAUGGGGAAGCGCUGCCUCAUGCAGUUAUUGCCACCACGUCCCCACUGUCACCACACUGGUGUUCCAGCCAAAUGUCACCCCCCCUCCAGGGCGGGACAGGGAACUUGUUCAGCUGGGAACAGAAGGGAGUGACAGCCAGGGUGUCCUAGGGCCACUGCGCUCACCCCAACCACCUCUGGGGACAGGGCAAUGGUCAGUGUCACCCAGAGGGUCACAUGGCCCCAUGCUGGGUGUGAUCAGAGGCGUCCUGGUGGAAGCAUCCUCACAGGGUUUCCCUGUGUCCUGAGGGGUGUCACCAUGUCCUUUGGGAUAUUCCUGUGGCUGCUUCUGAUGCCAAGUGUUUGCGCCCAUCCUGGGACAGUGAGGAGCGUCCCCAGCCUGCGAUGGAUGGGGGGAAGAAGACGUUGGACCCUGGUCCAGAUGGACACCAGAGCCAUGGAUCCCAUCUGGUAGACACUGCUCCAGACAGACACCAGACCAUGGAUCACAGCUUGAUUCUGAUCUGGACAGCCCCUGGCCCUGCAGCCCCCAGCCCAGAUGACCACAAGCCUGGCACCACCCUGUCCCAACCCGCUGGCCCACCCAUCCCAGCAGUAACAACCCCAAAACCCCACAAAAUAAAUUCCAUUCCAGAACAUCGGUUCUGGGUGGUCCCUGCAGAGCAAGGGGGAAACUGAGGCACAGGCUGGGGGUUGACCUUGCGGUGAUGGGAGGGGACUUCAGGAGCCAUCCUGGAGACCCCAACUUCACCACAAAUGAGCACCUAUCCCCCAAAGUGGCCCCUGCAACAUCCCGGGUCCCCCAGCUGCCAUUUCACAGGGACUCCAGGAGCCACCGUGAUCCCGCAAUCCCUUUGAUAAGUGAGCUGUGAUGUCCCCCCGGUGUCGCCGGUGCAUCCCCAGUGAGAGAAGCAGCCUCACCAGAGGAGGAGGAGGAAGAAGAGGAGGAUGUGGUGGUGGUGGUGGAAGAAGGGGUGAGAAUGUGACUAAAACUGCUGCCUGGUCACAUCAGGAAGCCACAACAGGACCUGGGGCUGAGCACAGCUGCAGCAGCAGAGCUAGCUGAGCCACAGAAUUUCCCUGGACAGUUAUCUUUUUCUAGCAAUUCCUUCAACCUGUUCUGGACUGAAAAACCAGAGAAACACCCAGAGCUCAUGCCUGUGACCAACUGGGGCCCAGGACAGCAUUUUCCAUGACCAGAGGGACUGAUAAGAGAGUGGACAACCUGAGCUAUCACCCAUGGCAAAGACUUUCUCAAUUUUGCCAUCUCUUUUAAGAACAGCGAGAGGUUCUGUUGUUUGAUAUUGUUCACUCUUUUUGUGCUUUUGGGCACUUUGCUUGUUGAAUAAACAGUUUUUUCCACUUUUCACUAAGGAAAUAUUUUCCCAGACCAGUUGAGGGAGGGGUCGCUUGGGUUCGCUUUCCAGAGUGACCCAUUCAGAGGUUUCCUCCCAAAUUUGCCCUAAACCAGGAAUCUGGUCUCUGUCCCCA